AAAAUACAUUAUACGAGGUUAAAUUUGAAAAUUGUUAUCAUCACUACAUAUAGACAAAUAGUUUGCCCCACUAUACAUUCUGAAAAUAUGAAUGACAUGCAAUCACAUAACAACAGUGGAGAGAGCACAAAACCAUACAUUCUGAAAAAAUGCAUUGCCCUUUUGCUUUCAUGUGCCUCUUCAACUUACAAAUUCAAGCAAGUACAUGCAUUUUCCAUCAGACGUGGCAUCCCUUUGUCAAGCCCAGAAAUGGGCAAGUACUUGAUUUUCUCUCUAGUUUCCCUUUCAGGUCCGAUGCGCUACGCCCAGAAAAUCUUUAAUCAAAUUCAAUUUCCAAAUAUCUUUACUUGGAAUACAAUGAUUAGAGGUUAUGCUGAGAGUGAAAACCCGUAUCCAGCUAUUGAAAUACACAAUAAAAUGUGUGUGAAUUCUGUUGCACCUGACACACAUACAUACCCUUUUGUGUUAAAAGCUAUUGCGAAGGUGAUUGAUGUUAGGGAAGGAGAAAAGGUCCAUUGCAUUACAAUUAGAAAUGGGUUUGAAUCGUUGGUGUUUGUUCAGAAUUCUUUGGUUCAUUUCUAUGGAGCUAUUGGUCAAGCUGAGAAUGCACAUAAGGUGUUUGAGGAAAUGUCUGACAAGAAUCUUGUGGCAUGGAAUUCAGUGAUUAAUGGGUAUGCUUUGAAUAGUCGACCUAAUGAAACGUUGACCCUUUAUAGGAGAAUGGUUUUUGAAGGUGUUAAGCCUGAUGGGUUUACUUUGGUUAGUUUGUUGACUGCUUCUGCUGAGCUUGGUGCUUUGGAUUUGGGCAGAAGGGCGCAUGUGUUUAUGUUGAAGGUGGGAUUGGAUAAGAAUUUACAUGCUGCAAAUGCCCUUUUGGAUCUUUAUGCUAAAUGUGGGAAUGUAAAAGAGGCAGAGCAAGUUUUUGAUGAGUUGGAGGAGGAUAGUGUAGUUUCUUGGACCUCUUUGAUUGUAGGUUUGGCUGUUAACGGGUUUGGUGAGAGAGCACUUGAGCUUUUCAAGGAAAUGGAAAGAAAAGGAUUUGUUCCUACUGAGAUCACAUUUGUUGGGGUGUUAUAUGCCUGUAGCCAUUGUGGUUUGGUGGACAAAGGCUUUGCUUACUUUGAAAGGAUGCAAAAGGAGUUUGGAAUUAAGCCAAAAAUUGAACAUUAUGGCUGCAUGGUUGAUUUAUUAGGAAGGGCUGGUUUAGUGGAAAAGGCGUACAAGUAUAUUACAGACAUGCCAUUGCAACCCAAUGCGGUGAUUUGGCGAACAUUACUCGGUGCCUGCUCAAUACAUGGUCAUUUAGCUCUAGCUGAGAUGACCAGAAAUCACCUUAAGCUGUUAGAACCUAAACAUUCUGGAGAUUAUGUGCUCCUUUCGAACCUUUAUGCAGCCGAAAGGCGAUGGUCAGAUGUGCAUAAACUGAGGAGAACUAUGCUUAAAGAAGGGGUAAAGAAAGUCCCCGGGCAUAGUCUCGUUGAGUUGGGUAAUCGUGUGCAUGAAUUUGUUAUGGGAGAUAGAACCCAUCCUAAAACUGAGGCUAUAUAUACUAUGCUUGUGGAAAUGACUAGAUUGUUGAGAUUGGAAGGUUAUGUCCCUCAUACAUCCAAUGUGCUUGCUGACAUAGAAGAAGAGGAGAAAGAGACUGCUUUGGCGUACCAUAGUGAAAAAAUUGCAAUUGCAUUUAUGUUGAUCAGUACACCACCUGGGACCUCUAUUAGAAUUGUGAAGAACUUAAGGGUCUGUGCUGAUUGCCACCUUGCCAUAAAACUAAUAUCGAAAGUCUUUGAUCGCGAGAUAGUUGUUAGAGAUCGUAGCCGGUUUCACCAUUUCACCAAUGGAUCUUGCUCUUGUAAAGAUUAUUGGUAAAACGUAAUUGUGGGAUUGGAACUGGAACUUUGCAAAAGUUGCUGAAAUCAGAACGUGGCCUUUAAAAAAUAUCAAAAUCGAUGAAAACUACUGCAUUCUGCUCAAGGAAAGGUUACCGAAAACAAGACGCAAAUAUCUGGUCCGUUGCUUGAUGGGCAGUUUGAAAACAAUUAAUGCAACUCUAUGCUUUCUGUGGAAGAAAUAUUCCUCAACCCCUUCUACAGUCUUGUAUGUAUCAUUUUAAGAGAUCAUCCUGGGUGUCUAUGCAAGUCUUGAGAGGAUUAGCUACUUUUGUAAUAACAAAAAGCGAGGUACCUGACCCUAAGCAAAAGGGAUUCAAUCUGAUGAGCAAGUCCUUCAGUUUCACCAAAACCCUUUAAUAACUUCAGGUGAUUGCAUUUUCAUUUCAGCUGUUCUUGCAGAUUCCUUUCAAAACCUGUUGAUACACAUUCCACUUCAAGUUGCCAGUUACCUACAUGGAUCCUCAAAUUUUGUGCACAAAAUAAAGAAAUAUCUUUUUAAGUGUCUUUGAGGCCCAACAUGCUCCCACAACAGCAAGAUGCAAGGUUUGAACACAGACCCCUGAAGCUGAAAUAUCCAGAUCUUUUUUGCUUUGUGGAACAAGUUAAAGCAACUAUUGCCCAUUGUAGAUCAGGAAGUCAAUGGUGUGUGAUUUUAGAAGAAACUACUUUGACUUGGAAGUAACUAACAUGGAUCAACUAAUUCUGGAGUUGGGCAGAUCAAGACGUUUAGGAAUCUCUGGAAAUGGACCAGCAGUAUCCACGUCACAGUCAACUCAUACUAUAGAGUACUUAAUGAGGGUGAAUCUAGCUCUGCACAAUGGCCAUGGAAUAUGAUCUGGAAACUAUGGCUCAAUACAAAACUUCAGUUGGUUUUUGAUGCAUGAUGCAUGUUUGACUAAUGGCGGCAUAGCUCUAGAAACCAGACAGAGAUCAUUCACGGGGUGGGCAAAAUUUCUUGGUUUUUGUUUUGAUGAUUUCUGUUUGCUCCUCUUUUCUGUGUUGCAGAGAGAACCAAUUACAUUGUCCACUUUGAGUUCUCCAAGUAGCAUUGCUCCAUCAUUGAUUCCAUCAAAACUGCUGAUCCUCUUUUCGCUGGCCAACAUUCUGCUGAAAGCUCCUAUAUUCCUAUGGUUCUUGAAGCUCAACCCGUCUUCUGGCCAGAAUAUGCUAGCUUUAGGGAUGAUGAUACACCUGAAAUCCCAAAAAAGGUGGAAGGAAUUUAUUGUGAGGGGACGGAUUUCAAUUCUUUGAUGUGCAACAGGAAACUCGUUGGGGCGAUUUAUUUCAAUCAAUUUGGCAGCUAAUCCUAGUGUGAACAUUUCCAUUAAUUCUGCCAGGGAUAGUUCUAGUCAUGGCACACAUCUAGCCUCCAUUGCUGCUGGAAACUAUGCUCAAUCUGCUCCGUACUAUGGAUAUGCCAAAGCAACAGCAUGAGGAGUUGCUCCACAUGCUAUGCUGGCUAUUUACGAGGUGACCUGGACAGAAGGAAGCUAUACCUCGAAUUAUCUUACUGGUAUGGAUCAGGCUGUUGCAGAUAGUGUUGACAGAAUAUCCAUUUCUCUUAGGUACUGAAUUACUCCAUGAUAUGAAAAGAUUCUAUAGCAAUUGCCUCUUUUGGUGCCAUGCUGAAGGGGGUCUUAGUUUCUGCUGCAGCGAGACCAAUGGUACCAUGCAUGUCAGUCUUAGGAGCCUGGCCUUGUAUUAUAUGUGCAACUGGCAACUGCACCAGCACAGAAUUAGAAUAUGAGUACUUUCUUCAGUCAGGCGUAUCCAUGUCCUGUCCUCAUGCUACUGGAAUUGCUGCCAUGCCAAAAGUUGUGCAUCCAGAUUGGAGUCCAUCAGCUAUCACCAUGAAGGUGUGAACCUACUUAGGCAGCACUUCAAACCCCAUCAUUGAUUUGGACAACAAUAGCCCACAACGCCAUUAGGCAUCGGAGCAGGACAUGUUGAUCCGAAUCGUGCUGUGGAUCCAGGAUUAGUAAUAUAUAAUCCUACUUCUCAUGACUGAAUCUUCUAUGCUCCAUGAAACCAUUGCAAGAUCAUCAGUUAGUUACAACUUCUCAAAUCCAUCUUUUUAUCUCAUUUACCCAUAAUUUAUUGCCUUAUAUGAGUAUAGCCUAAAGAGGGAAACUUCCCUUGGGUGGUGGUGAAAAAAUUCAAAAGGACUGUUACCAAUGUUGGGGCUGGUACAGCUAUGUAUAUAACGUAAAGUUGGAAGUGCCCAAGAAUUCUACAAUAUCAGAACAACUUAACGAGCUCGUUAUAAAAGGUGCCUGUUAUGAUAAUAUAAAAAACCUUGUUCGUCAAUGCACACAACUUAAAGUCGAUUUAAUUGGUGUGCUACACUCUUCUACUACCGUUCUUGCAAGAGUUAACCAUAGUUGUCCACCAAAUUUCAUAUGACGAUUAAGAAAUCAGAAUAAUCAUGUCAGCAAACAAUCUAAACAGUCAACACCAAACAACAAAUGCUAGAACUAAUGUUUAAUUGAAUAAAAAUAUGGUAGAAUAUUAUUUAAAAAUGAAUCGCAUCAAGUAAAUUAGAUAGAACAAUGUAUGGUCAAACCCAGCUUCUGUCAUGGCACAUUUUCAGUCAGCUUUUACAAGAAAAUCUCAAACAAUGAAAUUUAACUAAUCAUGAAACUGAAAGAACCAUAUGAAAAAAA